CCCAUCGCAGCCCUCCGGGUGCCCACUUCGAAGUUUGAAGUUCGCCGGCAUGGCCAAAACCGCCUGGCUGCGCUGCCGGGUGCUGGAGGGGAAGGACCCGCCCGCCAAGGACCUGUCUGGCUCCAGAGAUCCCUACUACGUGGUCAAGGUGGUGGCCAGGACAGCCACGGUGUGGAAGAGCCUGAAUCCUUUUUGGGGUGAGGAAAUCACGCUGCUUCUGCCCCCUGGAUUCCACAGCCUCGCCAUCUACGUGCUGGAUGAAGACACCAUUGGGCAGGACGAUGUCAUUGGCAAGGUGUCACUCAGCCACCAGCAGAUCUCGGCCGAGCCGCGGGGCAUUGACAGCUGGCUCAGCCUGGCACCUGUGAGCCCCGACCAGGAGGUGCAGGGUGAGAUCCACCUGGAGCUGUGGGUCCCCGAGCAGGGCCACCCGCGGGUGCUGUGCUGCCACCUCAUCGAGGCCAGGGACCUGGCCCCCCGGGACGCCUCGGGCACCUCGGACCCUUUUGGCCGGGGGUCGUGCUGCGGGCACACGCUGGACACAGCCGUGGUGAAGAAAACGCCGUUCCCGCGCUGGGAUGAGGCUGAGUUCGAGCUGCCGGAGGGGGAGCUGGGAGAGGCUGUGCUGAGCGUGGAGCUUUGAUGGGACAUCGUGGGCAAGAACGACUUCCUCGGGCCGGUGAGGAGCUCGGGGCACACCCCAAUGGGGCUGGGGGCACCUCUGCAUCCCUGGUGUGGGGUCUGGGUGAGGCCCCCUCUGCCCACCCUGCCCUGCCCACAGUCCCCUGAGGGCACAGCCCUGGCUGUCCUGGAGGAGGUGGCCUCAGUGGAGAGCCGGCAGGACGUGGCCACCAAGUUGGUGAAGCUCUUCUUGGGCCAAGGGCUGGCUGUGCCCUUCCUGGUCUACCUCACCAGCCGUGAGCUGGCCAGGACCACCUCUGUGCCCUUCCAUCCCAACACCCUCUUCCGCUCCAACUCGCUGGCCUCCAAAUCCAUGGAGCAGUUCAUGAAGGUGGUGGGGCUGCCCUACCUGCACGAGGUGCUGAACCGCAUCUUUGAGGAGAAGAAAUAUGUGGAGCUGGACCCCGGCAAGAUGGAGCUGAGCCAGGGCAGGAGGAUCUGCUUCAAGGGGUCCCUGUCAGAGGCGCAGGUGUGGGAGAGCAGCCUGGAGCUGCUGAAGGGCUACCUGGGGGACAUCCUCGAUGCCACCGUGGGCUCGGUGGACAAGUGUCCCCUCGCUAUGAGGGUGGCCUUCCAGCAGCUCCGCAGGCGGGUGGAGCAGCGAUUCCCCUCAGCACAGCACGAGGAGGUGAGGUACUUCUCCACCAGUGGGUUCCUCUUCCUUCACUUCUUCAGUGCUCACGCAGAGCCCUGCACCGGCCCCACGCUCCUGCUGCUCGCCAAGGCUCUGCAGAGCAUCGGGAACCUGGGGCUGCAGCUGGGGCAGGGCAAGGAGCCGUGGAUGGCCCUGUUGAACGCCAUCCUCCUGCCCAGUGUCACCCGUGUCCGGGCCUUCCUGGAUGCCCUGGUCACCGUGGGUGAGCGGGGACACAGGGCAGGGAGGGGACAUUGCUGGUGCCGGGUCAGUGCCACCACCCUGGUGCUGCCAGGAGCACCCUCGGGCCGUGGGAGGGGGUGGCACUCGAGGUGACACCGCUCCCUCCCUAUCACAAUCACAGUGGGCGAGGUGGCAGCGCAGUGGCCGGGCCCCCCUGCCCGGGCCAGGCAGGUACGGGAGCCCUGGGGACACUUGGGGGACAUGGGGACCCGGGGUGGGGGCUGGCACAGGCUGGCAGAGCCCUGCGGGCACCACAGGGCACCGCUCCGGCUCCCUCCACGAGGGGACAGCAGAUACACGGGGACAGGGGACACGGGG